CAUGACAUCGACCUGGUAGGGCUUCCAAAUUGCUUGUCUUCAGAUAGAAUGGGCCGUUUUUCGGACAUUAAUUGAUCUAAAUAGUUCAAUUAUCUUAUUUCAUUUGUUUAAUUGGGAUAUCUACUUCCUUUGGAGGAAGGUUAAAACGCUGCAACAGGAGAGAUAAAUAAAUAAUUACAACAAUUACCAAACAUAGCUGUCCUACCGUGUCUGGAAGGAGAAAUAAAAAGUGAAGCAGAAAAACAAGCAAACGUAUGACUGAGCGUUUUAAUUAAGCUCGGCUAUAUGGUGGGAAAUCUCAGAUAUGAGACACACAGACGCAACAUUGUUCUCAGUCUGGAUGCUCAGCUCCUCCCUCUGUGCGUGCGGAGCUUCAUUUAAUCAAAUCCUUCAACUUGGACCACUUAGGCUCAGCGCACUUUUACUCCACCGCAUUUGGCCAGCGCCGCAACUUGCAGCAGUUCCUCUUCCACAUCCGAACGAAGAAUCACAUCCAAGUGAGACAGAGAGAAGACUUCAAGCAUCCGCUGCAUCCUUUUCUGCCCCCAGCCAUGAAGAGGGAGGUCAGGUUCUGCCCAAAGUGGCACGGUGCGCUCCGGUUCGGGCUUUUCUUCAUCCUGCCCUGCUUGCUUCGCGUCGCCGAGGCUGAGAUAACCUGCAGGUCAUGCCAGGAUGGACAUAAGUGGCGGGCACAGGAAUUACUGCUGAGGGUUGAAACAAGUGGGUCCGCUGCGACGUUUAAGGGGGAAGUUUGGGGGAGCGGAGACCGAACCGGGUGGAUCCCCUGCGAGCCUGGCUCGGCUGAAUGCUCUCCGGACGUGGAGAAAUACGCGGAGCAGAGGCUGAAGCGGAUUAUAGACAACCAAAGCGGACAGGCUGAAAAAGGGAAAGUUUCCCAACACAAGGACGGUGUUGGUUUGACUCCACGGCGCUUGAGGCGGAACAGUGACGGUGAUAAAGUCAGUUCAGCCCGGAAUCGAGCCCCGGUAGAGGGACAGGGCACCGCGGCGGGGCGCAGAGCGCCGCGCUGGAGCGGAGAGGAGCGCAGAGCCGCCGGUCCGCGGCAGGAGGAGUUAAAGCUCAACAGCUCCACGUUCGCCCUAACCGGGGACUCAUCCCACAACCAGGCCAUGGUGCACUGGUCUGGACAGAACAGCAGCGUCAUUCUGAUGCUAACCAAACUCUUUGACUUCAACCUCAACAGUGUGACUGAGAGUUCAUUAUGGAGGUCAACUGACUACGGAGCAACGUACCAGAAGCUGAACGACAAAGUGGGGGCAAAGACGAUCCUCAGUUAUCUGUAUGUGAGUCCUAACAACAAGAGAAAGAUUAUGCUGCUGACGGAUCCAGAGGUAGAGAGCAGCCUUCUGAUUAGCUCUGAUGAAGGAGCUACAUACCAGAAGUACCGGCUGAACUUCUACAUCCUGAGCCUGCUCUUCCAUCCGGAACAGGAGGACUGGAUUCUGGCAUACAGUCACGACCAAAAGCUUUACAGCUCUGUUGAGUUUGGAAGAAGGUGGCAGGUGGUCCAUGAGAAGGUGGCUCCUAAUCGUUUCUAUUGGUCCAAGAUGGGUUUGGACAAAGAACCGGGCUUAAUUCACCUGGAAACCAGCAUCUCUGAAGGACAAGCGCUGUAUGUCACCUGCAAGCUGCAAAACUGCACAGACGCCAACAAGGGCAAACCAUUCCCCGGAUACAUUGACCCCAAUUCCCUGGUGGUGCAAGAUGAGUAUGUGUUUGUCCAGGUGUCCACUGCAGGGAGACCGGUCUACUACGUUUCUGCAAAACGAGAUGUCUUUACUCCAAUGAAACUGCCAAAGUACACUCUGCCCAAGGAACUGCAUGUGAUCAGCACAGAUGAAAACCGUGUGGUGGCUGCCGUUCAGGAGUGGAACCAGAACGAAACUUACAACCUGUACGUGUCGGACACUUCCGGAGUCUACUACACUCUGGCUCUGGAAAAUGUGGUCAGCAGCAUGGGACUCGAGGGCAACAUCAUGGUGGACCUCUAUGAGGUGGCAGGAAUAAAAGGAAUGUUCCUCGCCAACAAAAAGACAGAUAGCCAAGUAAAGACGUACAUCACUUACAACCGAGGCCGAGACUGGAGGUUGCUGCAGGCCCCAAGCAGAGACCUGAGAGGCAAUAGUAUCCACUGUGUGUUGCCGUACUGCUCAUUACAUCUCCAUCUUCAUGUGUCUGCUAAUCCCUACACAUCUGGAAACAUCGCCAGCAGGGAGUCGGCUCCAGGAAUCAUUGUCGCCUCAGGCUCCAUUGGUUCAGAGCUGACCACCAGCAAUGUCAGUGUGUUCAUCACCUCUGAUGCAGGAAACACAUGGAGACAGAUCUUUGAUGAGGAGUAUGCCGUGCUUUAUCUCGACCAAGGUGGAGCCUUGGUGGCAAUAAGACACACUCCACUUCCCAUCCGACACCUGUGGUUGAGCUUCGAUGAAGGACGGCAGUGGAACAAGUACAGCUUCACCAACACGCCCCUGUUUGUGGACGGGGUGCUUGGGGAGCCGGGGGAGGAGACGCUCAUCAUGACGAUCUUUGGACACUUCAGUCAUCGCUCUGAGUGGCAGCUGGUAAAAAUAGAUUUCAGGUCCAUCUUCAACAGGAGGUGCACUGAGGCGGACUACCAGACAUGGCACCUACACAACCAGGGUGAGCCGUGUCUCAUGGGUGUGAAAAGAAUCUACCGGAAGCUGAAGCCCACUUCCAGGUGCGUCAUGGGAAAGACGUACUCCGUGACGAUGACCUCAGCUCCAUGUGACUGCACCGAGGCUGACUUUGAGUGCGAUUAUGGCUAUGAGAGACGGACUGAUGGAAAGUGCAGUCCCGCCUUCUGGUUCCAUCCCUCGUCCAUGUCCCGGAGCUGCACAACAGGAAUUACGUUUCUCAACAGCACGGGCUACAGGAAAGUGGUGUCCAAUAACUGCACAGCCGGAGUGAUUGCAGAGUACACGGCCAGGCGACAGCACUGUCCCAUCCAGGCUCCUAAAGGACUCCACCUGGUCACCAGUGAGGGCAGGCUGACAGCCAUGCUUGGCGCCAACGUCACCUUCCUUGUUUUCCUGGAGGAGGGAGAUGGAGCAAGGACAAGCAUCACUGUGGACUUUGGAGAUGGUCAUGCUCUGACCUACUCAAACGUGAGCUCCAUCGAGGAUGGCAUCAAACACAUCUACAAAUCCAUAGGAAUCUACAGGGUGACGGCCACUGGAGAGAACAGCCUUGGCUCUGAGACCACCAUGCUCUUCCUACAUGUCACAUGUCAGCUGGAGCAUAUCCAUCUCUCUGCUCCCUUUGUGGCGGUGAGGAACAAGGAAGUGAACCUGACCGCAGUUCUGCAUCCCAGCCAAGUGGGAACAGUCACCUACAUCUGGUGGAUUGGAAAUAACUCCGAGCCAGUUAUCACCCUGGGGGGAAGUGUGUCGUGCACGUUCUCCAGGGAGGGGAUCAAUACAGUCACGGUGCAGGUGUCUGCUGGGAAUACCAUCCUGCAGGACAGAAAAACUAUCGCGGUCCAUGAAUACUUCAGAUCCCAUCUGCUAGCCUUUUCAUCAAACCUGGACGAACACAACCCAGACGUUGCUGAGUGGAGGCUGGAUGUGAGCCGAGUGAUCAGGAGCUCUCUGAUCCAGGCUACAGGCGUGCGAGAGGAUCUGCUGCUGGUCACUGUCCUCCCAGGUUUACCUACAGCAGCUGAGUUUUUCCUCCUGCCUGACAAACAACUCACUGAGGGGAAACCAGAGAAGAGCUCAGCUCAUUUAGAUCAGCUCUCUGAGCUUCUGCUAAAUGCCUUGAAUCAAAACCUUGUCCAGUUCACGUUGCGGCCAGGAGUCCAAGUCACCGUGUAUGCAGCUCACCUGUCGGCAGCGCCCCUGGUGGACACCAGCGAAAACCACAGUGGCUCUGCCAUGCUAAUGCUGCUCUCAGUUGUGGUUGUGGGUUUAGCUGUGUUUGUCAUCUACAAAUUUAAGAGGAAGAUCCCAGGCCUCAACGUCUAUGCGCAGAUGCAGAACGACAAAGAACCAGAAAUGAUGAGUCCAGCCAAUCCCUCGGAGGCCACGCCCAGCUCACAGCAGGACUUGGUGCCUUCUCUGGAGAUUCUGGACACCGAGUGUAACUUGCGGCCCAUUGGAUGUAAGAAACCACAUGUACAUGUGAAAUUCUCCACAGAACACCCCACAUAUAUCGUCUGAACUCUGAACUUCAUCAAAACUUCAGUUUCCAUCAUGGAUCAAGGAUUUAUUUUUGUUUUUCCAUUUGCAACACAAUGGUUUGGAGCUUUAUACCUGUGCAUGUUGGAGCCGGCUGACACAUACUGUGCUCUGCUGAAAGCAGAAGUAACUGUACAGGUUUUUUUUCCAUUUCUCCUUCAGCUUUGUCUUUUUAAAGAAACAUUUUCAGACUUCAGUUUCGAGGAGGACGGCCAGCAUGAACGAGUCAGAGGAAACGACAUGUCACGCUGAAAGAUUUUGGAUUUUCUCACACAUCCCGGAUCUGUUGGCUGUUUUAUGAUGCAAACAGCAAACAGUGUAAUAUUUAUUCAUAUAAAAAUACUUUUAUGACAUAAAUUACAUGUAUUUUGUAAAUCCUGAAUGUCUAUGUUAGAACUUUGUGUAUUUUAUUAACAAAUGUACUAAAAAAAGAAGCUGUUAUAUAAUACGAGUAAGCUAUUUCAAAGCUUUUGAUCUAUUGUCCUCAAAAAGCUGAUUUAUGGCACAAAGCAGGUUUUCUACUGAAAUAUUCUGCUUUUAUUUCAGGUUUUAAUUUCCCUAUAACAACCUUCAGUUUUCAAGAUUAAUUUGAACCUUCAUUUAUUGCCUCUGCUAAUAUUUGUGAUACCUGCCAGUUUGUAAAGCUGUGUGCUUCAGAACUAUUUUACCCCCUGAUGGCACCUUCCCACAACAAGCCACCCCAGUUAUCAGCAGAGCUUUCAGGAACUAAAGAAGACAUUUGUUGGGACGCACAAAGGCCAUCAGAUCCUCAGCCGCAGCCUGGAAUGACUGCAGGAGGCCAAGUGGAGCUUAUCGAGGUUCUCAUUGAAAGCAGGACCUGGAAUGAGAUACAGCUGCUUUAGGAUAAUUCAAAGACCAUGGCAGCUGGAGAAAAGAUACAGAUGGAGGAGAUGGAAGGGAGCUUUUUGGGGACACAAGGCAUUAGGGGCGUUCCAGUGGGCAGAAUAAGAGCAGAGUGAUUUCUUGAAUACUUAAUGUGGCCUGUCGAGCUCAAGGCCCGCUAAGGUUGGUGACACAUUUAGGUUAAUGUUCUGACCCACUGUAGUGAAGCACCCAUCUUCAUCUUGGCUCAUUAUAAGAUGCUGCAGGAGCAGGAGAACUGGAGCGCAGAAGCUCCAGGGCUGAACGGUUGGUUUGAACCAGACAUGGAAAUGCCUGAUUGAUGCUUUUCACAGCUUCUGAGGAAAUUCUGCAGGAUCUGGUUUUCCUGUUUUUUAAUUUAAGAUGAAAUUUAGAUCCAAGCAAAGCUGUUUUUGAUUUCAAUUUACAGUGCCUUGCAAAAGCUUUCAUCCCUUUGAACUUUCCUAUUUGUUGUCACAUUACAACCAUAAUGUUCAAUACUUUUUUCUGAUUUAUUUGAUAGAUCAACACCAUGACUCUUCCAGCUUUAUGCAUUGACAGACAAAAUGUUUUGCAGGUUCCUCUUUGCAAAUUAGCUCAAACUUAGUCAGAUUAGUUGAAAGGCUUAUGUGAACAUCAAUUUUCAAGUUUGCCAGAGAUUCUUGGCAGGAUAUUGGUUUGGGCUUUGACUAGGUCACUUUGUCCUGCUGGAUGAUGAACUCCAGUCUCAAGUCUUCUGCAGCUCCUAAGAGGUUCACUUCCAGUAUUGUGCUGAAUUUAGAUCUUCUUAUCCACUCAUCAGCUCUGAUCAGCUUCUCUGUCACUGCUAAUAAAAAACAUCCUCAAAGCAUGAGACUGCCACCUCUAUCUUUCAUGGUGGGGAUCAUAUGUUCAUGGUGAUGUGACUUUUGUGUAUUGGCCAAAAUGUUACAUUUUGGUCUCAUUUGACCAGAACACCUUCUUCCACAUAUUCACUAUAGCCUAUUUUCCACCAAUAGCCCCAGAAUUUGUUUUACCCGGGUAAUAGAAAUCCCAGGAAAUCUCCUGUGUUCUUUUUCCAUUGCCAAUGACCAUUUAUUUAAAUCUGCCUAAUGACAUAUGAGGAGGUUGUGUACAAAAACUGCAAUACACAUUCAUUCUAGCAGAUGGCAUUACUCCUUUACUCUGUUUAAAAGCUAUUAAAUCAUUUUUUGUGUCAACUAUUAAAUAAUAGAUUUUGAGCAGCUUUAGAGUUAUUCAGUUGAUUUAUGCCUUCCAAUAUUCCUUAAGUUGCUCUGGCUCCAUAAGCAGGAAAAGUUUUAAUCAUUAUUUUAGGUCUACAUCUUAAAACUACUUUUUGUGACAAAUUAAUGAUGUUAAAAAUAUUAAUUUGUAUAGUAACCACCAGCACUACUGAAGCUGCUGGUGCCAAGCCCGCUGCUCACAGCUCCGCCCCUUUAACAAAUCCGGGGAAAGCUGAAAAGACCUUCUCCAGAGUAGGACAAUUUACCCGUGAAAGUAAUGCCCCGGGAAAGUGAAAUUACCCGGGUAAAUUGUAUCGAAAUGUGACUUGGGCUUUCAGAAGCCUGGGGCUUUCCACAAGCAAUGGAAAAGGGGCUUAUGUCUCCAGCAUGGCUUGUUGCAAACUGAAAACUCAACUCCCUAUGGGUUUCUUCUUGCUCAUGUUCUCUAAAAGUACAAUUGCUGGAGUGUACAACUAAUAGUUGUCCUGUUAACAGAUUCUCCCACCUGAGCUGUGGAUCUCUGCAGAUCCUCCAGAGAUACGACAAGCAUCUUGGCUGCUUCCCUGAUAAAUGCUCUUGAUGCUCAGCCUGUAGGUUCAGGUGGAUGGCUUAUUGGCCAGUUAAGAUUGCAAUCUCUAUGGGUUCAAUCGAUUUACUAAUUAGGUGAUGUCUGAAGGCGGUCAGUUGCACUACAGCUUUUAGAAUUUUAUUCGCAUUAAGUUUUAAAAAUUUAUAAAUUUCCAUCCACUUCACAAUUAAACAACAUGUGUUGGUCUGUCACAUAAAGUCACAAUAACAGACUAAUGUUUGUGUUUGUAACACACCAAAAUGUUGAUAUGCUGUGGUAUGAAGUUUGCAAAGCACUGUAGAUGAAGAAACGUAAAGGAUUUCUCAGUGGGGAUGUUACAGAAGUUAGACAUUAGCGCCUUUUGAUUCCUGUCUGUGAAGACUUGACGAUGUUUGGCCCUGCUAUUCAGGAAAUCUGCAAAAGAAGUUCUAAAUCUGGUAAAAUUUAUUUUAUCUAAAACAAAGAGAAAGUGAGAUUGCUUGUACCUACAGGCAAGGGUGAAAGUGAGCCGGUACGGUCCGGUACUGUGUACCAAUAAAAUAUUCUGCGCCGGUACACAGUACCGGGAAGAGGGAAGAACGGCUGUCUGCUAUGAAGCCAUCAUCCAGAACCAGUUACGGCAGCAAAAAUUCACGAGCACACAAAGAAGAUCCGCUACCAAUAGUCAGUCUAAAACACGACUUAAUGUGUUUAUACAUAUUUUCCCCCUCAUUCCACAUUGUUUCUGAACUUUUCUGCAAUGCUGGAGCCUCAAUGCUCUUACUUUGCUUUUCUCUCCUCGGAGCUCGAGGCUUUUGUGAACGGCCAGCCUUUAAAACGAGCACCGCUACAUUCAAUGUCGGUCUGCUCGCUGCUAAAUACCCCAGUUAAAAGCAAAGGGAGAGUAACUAGUUGUGGUUCAUGUUAUUUUACUGAAUUACAACACAGUGCAGCCUGGAAACACCGCUUAUAACCAGAGAUUUCACAUACUACACGAGAGCGCAUGCAGCGCCUGUGAGUGGGCAGCAAAGCCUCGGUGACCCGUCCCCCCCUGCUGAGGUUUUUUGCAAUCUCAAACUGUAUCCUGCUAAGGAUAAA